AUGGUUGGUGAGGCACUGCUCUCUCUGAAAUACAUGCCUACAUCUCAGAGGCUGGAGGUGGGAGUGUUGAAGAUCCGUACAGUAUGUCAUCCCAAUAAGACUGAGAGAGCUCUCUAUGCCAGAACCAGCGUUACCUGCAACCACUGCAAACUUCGAUAUCAGAGGACAACACAGAAGAAGCGCUGGGAGGUGACUGUGUUCAAUGAGGUCCUGACCUUUGUGUUGCCAGAUCAACAGAUUAGAGAGUGCACCAUUAUAGUGUCUGUUUAUGAAAUUCAGACUUCAAAGAAGUCUUCCAAGCAUUUGAUUGGUCAUAUCCACAUCAAAAAGGGCAAGACCUCCGAGGACGAGCACUGGAAAUUGAUGAUGCAAUCACUACGACAGCCAAUUGCUAAGUGGAAUUCAAUCUUUAUCUGAAGACACCUGGGCUGUAUCCGAAAUCUCCACCUAUACCCUCAUUCACUAUUCCCUACAUUAGUC